AUCCUAAGCACUGCACACACACUCCACAGAGAGCAAGAGAGAGGGGGCAGAGAGAUAGAGAGAACCUCUCUUUACUCUUUACUUAUCUCAGUCGCACUCUUACAUGGCAUUCUUCUCAUCGCUUCAUUUCCUCCUUUCCUCAAACCCUAGAAAAUAAUUCAUCAUAAAGAUCAAAAAGAGAAAGCAACCCCCUCCCCCCCCCCCUCUCUCUAUCUCUCUCUCUCUCUCUCACUCACUCACUCUGCGCUUUUGCUUUUCUCCCUUUCUAUUUUUGGUUUUUUUGGCGUCCUUUUAAUCACAGAUCUCUCUCUCUCUCUCUCUCUCUCUCUCUCGCACUCACUCAUUCACACUCUCCAUCUUCCCCGCAAAAUCUUUGCACUGUCAGCAUCUGGUCGACUGCUCGUGGCUGCAUAUGGCAAUGCAUCAUAAGGAAAUGUGAAAAGGCUUGGAGUGAGGAACACUUAAUUACCUUGAAUUGUUGCUGAGGAUGAAACGGCGGUGACUGGAGUGCAGGGGAGGGAAUUCGGAAGAAGAAACCGGAAAAGGGAGAAGAGAUUGAAAGAGGGAGCGCAGAAAUCUGAUAAUGGCGUCAGAGCAGAACAGAUUUCAUCAUGCUCCUCAUCCGCCGCCGCCGCAGCAGCACCACCGCCGUGAACAGGCAGCACCGCGGCGUAAAAGGUGGGGAAGAUGUUGGGGGGGAUUUUCUUGUUUCGGUGGACAAAAAGGUGGAAAGCGUAUUGUACCUGCAUCUCGAAUUCCAGAGUCCAAUUCAUUGGCCAAUGCACCAAAUGGACCUCAAAAUAUUGGGUUGACAAACCAGACCACCACACUAGUGCCUUCUCUUCUGGCUCCGCCAUCUUCACCUGCAUCUUUCUCAAAUUCUGCACUUCCUUCGACAGCCCAGUCACCCAGCUGUUUCAUGUCCAUGUCGGCCAACUCGCCUGAGGGUCCUUCAUCAACAAUGUUUGCAACAGGGCCAUAUGCCCAUGAGACACAACUGGUAUCUCCUCCUGUUUUCUCAACCUUCACAACUGAGCCAUCUACUGCUCCUCUAACACCACCACCAGAGUUGGCUCACCUAACCACUCCCUCUUCCCCGGAUGUGCCUUUUGCUCAAUUCCUCUCAUCAUCCAUGGAUCUUAAAGGUACUGCAAAGACUAAUUAUAUCACUGCAAAUGAUCUCCAGGCAACAUAUUCCCUUUAUCCCGGCAGUCCCGCCAGUAGUCUCAUAUCACCUGUUUCAAGGACCUCGGGUGACUGCCUGUCUUCAUCUUUCCCAGAUCGUGAGUUCCCCCCUCAGUGGGACCCUUCAACUUCUCAUGAUUCCAAAUACCCAAAAUCUGAGUCUGGCAGGCUUAUGGGACUCGAAACAGUUGCUGGUUCCAAAUUGGGUCAAGAUUCAAAUUUCUUCUGCCCUGCUACAUUUGCUGAAUUCUAUCUGGACCAAUCUCCAUUUCCUCAUUCUGGUGGGAGGCUAAGUGUUUCUAAGGAAUCAGAUGUUUACUCUAAUGUUGGAAAUGGGCAUCAGAACAGGCAGAACAAGACUAGCAAACAAGAUGUUGAGGAAAUAGAAGCUUACAGAGCAUCCUUUGGGUUCAGUGCUGAUGAAAUCAUCACUACAGCUCAAUAUGUGGAGAUUUCUGAUGUACAGGAUGACUCCUUUACCAUGACACCUUUCACUGCCAACAAGCAGAUUGAAGGAAGUAACCUGCCUCUAGCUAGUGAAGGACACAAGCCAGAGGAAACACAAAAAAACUUCCCGGGUCAAAGGUAUUAUUCAUCAGAAGAUGCUAAUGGGGUUGCACGCCAUGAAGUGCGAGGUUCAGAUAAUAUUUUUGAAGGCCAUAUAAAACGAAGGCAAGCUGGGGAUGUUUCCGGGCAAAGUUCACCUGGUAGCCAUUUUCUGACCGAUGAAGGGAACAUAUUUUGCAGGACAGGAAGUUCAAAGUUUAGUAGGAAAUAUCACCUGGGUUUAUCAGUCUCUGACGCUGAAAUCGACUACAGGAGAGGGAGAAGCUUUAGAGAAGGCAGAGGUAGCUUUCCAUUGCAUAACUAGUCAAGCAGAAGAUCUAGUUCUCUCUCCUAUCUAUGGACUUCCAGGUUUUGUAUUUUGUAAUUUAUCUUGGGGUUUUCUGUGAUAGUUGAUAUGGCCUGUGGCCCAACCAAUGGCUCUUCUGUUUGAUGAAUGUGUAUUAAUUUGCCUCUUUCUAUA